ACUGCGUGUCACGACCCACCUGUUCAUCGACAUCAUGCAUCGCCUGUUUAAUACUGGCAAGUACUUGACUUAAAAUGAACGCAGCAUGUUGUAGAAUGCGAUGUGAGCAUCAUUCAUGCCAUGACACUCAUCCAGAAGUAGAACAGUAGAACAGCGAUCGCCGCCAUAGCUACAAAGCGCGGAGCUGGCGCGGGUGUCCAUAUCGUGGAGUUUGAUAUACUGCAUGUAAUCCACCUGUCCUAGCAUGCUCCGCACGUAUAUAAAGCAAGCGACUGCAGAGGGAUCGUACUUGCGCGCGAAGCCCUCUCACCCAUCAAAAGCACUUUUUUCUCAUAUACCCACUAUGCACUUCUCUACAGAGAGAUACGUAUCCGCCUCCGCCCUUUCCGAGUUCAGUGACAUGUCUUCUGGAGAUAUGGGAUCUCCAGAGCGGCUUCCGCCCGCUUACUGCGAGGAGGGGUCGAUACAGCCCAUCACUGCGAUACAGAACGAAAGAUAUGACAACAAUGAAGUAUUGCAGCCGGGUUCUGUGACGGUGCCCGCUGGGGUCCACUCGACAGCAUUGCCGAAAGAGCAUCCUAAUAUUCCGCAAGGUUGGACACAGCAUAUUCAUCCGGAAGGUGCACGUUACUAUGUCAAUUCGUCCGAGUUUGUCCCAAUCGUCACCGAUGCAUCAAUCGUCAAACCAGAGAUCUUCCAGCAGCUGUUUGCGUCCAUUGAAAACGUUCGUAUCCUAGCUGGGAAUUGCGGAUUCACCUUGCCGGCGACCUGUGAGCUCUACCUGCACGUUGAGGAGGGCAGGCAAGGUUGUCGUUAUUAUCUCGUCGAUCACGAUACUCAAACAGAAUUCUGGCUUCAAGAAGUCCAAUCUGAGAGCUUGAAUUUACCCGAUGCAACUUCUAUCGAACAUCUGAAACACGUCCUAUCUGAACAUUACUGGACCCACGUCGAGUAUUUCCCGCACCGCGCCGUGGGACCACGGCUCUGUCAGGAACUUGCAGAGAUUCUGUACCAUGCUACUGCAGAUCAAAUGACCUCCGACAGUUCCACGUUUCCCUAUGAUGCUGAACAAUGUACCAAGUUCCUCCACCUUCUCGAGGCAAAGACUGCAGACAAUGUGUAUAUGAUAUGCACCAUUGCACGUAUUUGGAGUUCCAUAUUUCGACACAGGUUUACUCAAUUUCACGGGGAAGCGCACGCGCGCCUUUGUCGAUUCCAGCAGCGCUUCGUCCCGUUCGCUCACAAUGGGAGGUUGAUCAGGCUGUGCUCCGUGCUUCUAUUUGGAACGCCGCACAGGCUAUCGAAGGAGCUAGAGCUUCAAUAUAUCGACGGAGUGGUGUAUCAUAUGCACUGGCACAAGUUCAUGUCUUCCUUGAAGAAGAAUUGGCUAUUUUCGAGUGCGGUGUCCGCCACUCUGCUUCUAGCAUCGGUCUGCCUGAGAGGCUUGGCCGCCGGAACCAUAUCUCAAAUCCUCGCCCUUCUUUCGAACGGCACAUCCCUCGGUGCCCUGGCAACCAGUGUUGGUUUGCUGUACUUUCAUGCCGCUGCUGAGGACAUGGCGGCUGACGCUGUAGCUGAACAUUUGAGUGCAAUUGAGAGCCACAGCUGCGGCUUCGUCUUAACUGCUGUAACUUACAGCCUUCCUCAAGCACUCAUCUUCUGGUCGAUGCUCGCCAUUGCCUUGCACAUCGUAUUAAUUGCUGCCACAGGAUAAUGAUACCAGCCUAUCGACCAAAAGUAUCAAACAGAAUCGCGAGUCCCCUCUAUGGUUAUUUUAUCCUAGCUAUACUGCAGAAAUCCUUCGAUUAGUG